AUGAAGUUCUGCCUCUAUCUGACUAAACCUGAGUGUAUGAAGUUGGAUUUGCGUUCAGAUUCAUACCUGCCCUUGUCAACCAGUCUCAGGUCCAGCUCUGUUAACAGCACCUGGGAGCCUGAUGGAGCCACUUUUUUCAUCAUUCAGGGCCUCGCCAACUUCGGCGAGAGAAAAAUGAUCCUUUUCUUCAUCCUGCUGCUGAUUUACAUCAUCAUCCUGGGAGGAAACAUCUUGAUCAUCUUUGUGGUGUUGACUGAUCCAAAGCUCAACUCUCCCAUGUACUUCUUCCUCUGCAACCUCUCCGUCGUGGACAUAUUCUACACCACCACCACCAUCCCCAACAUGCUUUCCGGCUUCCUGACAGACAUGAAAAGCAUUUCUCUACCAGGCUGUUUCUCCCAGAUGUUUUUCUUCAUUCAGCUAGCCGUGACUGGUCGUGGCAUCCUGACUGUCAUGGCAUAUGACCGCUACGUGGCCAUCUGCAAUCCUCUGCACUACUCCACCAUCAUGACCCGGCCUGUCCGGCUGCUCCUCAUCGCAGGCGCCUGGGGCUUCGGCACCUUUUGCACACUGCCUCCCACCUCCAUGUCCUGGCAGCGGCUUUACUGUGGCCCAAAUGUGGUGAGACACGGCUGGUGUGACGUGUCGUCUGUAAGGCGGCUGGUGUGCGGUGACACCUCAGUGGAUAGCCUUGUGUCCCUUUCAUUUGCACUAGUAGCUUUACUGACCACAGGCAUCCUCAUUCUCUCCUCCUAUGUCCUGAUUGGUGUUUCCAUGUCGAGGAUGAACGUUACUGAGCAGCUGAAGGCCGUCGGGACUUGUGCUGCCCACCUGACUGUUGUGUCCAUCUCUUACACCUCGGCCUCUUUUGUGUACAUCUCCUACCGGGUAGGAAACUUUCCACCAGAGGUUCGAAUAAUUGUUUCUGUGCUGUACUCCGCGCUGACGCCUUUCCUGAACCCAAUGAUCUACAGUCUGAGGAACAAGGAGCUGCGACAGUCCAUCGGAAGGACUUUAAGCAGGUUCAGACCUGCUGUUGGUUCAGUCAUGAAGGAAACCAGUGCAGCGUUCUGA